AAAAUAUAAGGGCAAGAUGUGGGGGAAAGACUUGAGUGCCUUUAGAAAGUUCAAUUUUGGUGUGGCUUUAUUAUUUUUUGAAAGCCAUGGAUAUAAAAAGCGGCAGGAGGAUCGGGGUUUUAAAUUUUUCAAAGAGGGAUACAUCCAUGAAGUUAUGACACAAGCUCUUAGCAUAAAAGCCCAAUGUUACCGGAGUAUGAAGAAACAUUUACCACCUCAUAAGCUUCAUAUAACGCUUUUUGAGAAUGGAGAGAACAUUAGGGAAACUCAUUGCAGUUGUGGAGUUGGUAACUCAGAAUCAUGCCAUCAUGUUGUGACAUUGGCAUAUUUCAUGCAUGAACAUGUGUACUCUGGACUUACCGUCAUUACCGAGGAUGUCUCUUGUACUUCAAAACCAAUGGAGUGUAAUAAACGCAGAGGGAAAAAAAUCGAACCUGAACAAAUAGGAUCAUCAAUAUUUUACAACCCGAACAAUGUUAAUAGGGAGAAGGAUCCAAUAAAGUCAACUUUUAGGAUUCCCUUCAAAAAUCUACAAUUAAUGGAUGUGAAGAAUUCAGAUGUUGAAAAUUUGAAGCAAGUUAUAUGUGGAUGUGGAAAUGGAAAUUAUAAUUGUCUAUUUCCUACCUUUGGCGACAAUGCACAAGACAGUAUAGAGGUUCUUGAUGGGAUAACGAGAGCAAGUCGAAAUUCAGUGUUAGGGCAGCGAAAUUUUAGGAAAGACGAUAUCAUGAGUGAUGAGCCAAGGGAAGAACUUCCAAUAACAUUACCCGUACAUUGCUCAGAAAUAGAAAAUAUUUUAAUUUCUGUACCAAAUAUCCAAUUUUGAAACCCUUAACUUUCGAAGAAUCGCAUGCUAUAGAAAAAAUUACACGACCCCAAGCUGAUUGCGAAGAGUGGCAUUCUUACAGAAAAUAUAGAUUUACAGCAUCAAACUUCGGUCUCAUUUGUCACAGACAACGUUUCAAUGAGAAAUUUAGAGAAAUCUUUAUCCCUCCGAGUGAACCAUCUUCAGCAAGGGGUGCACGCAGUAUUAGACAUGGACGUGAAAAUGAACCUAUAGCUAUUGCUAAAUAUCUAAUUAUAAACACCAAUGCGAAAUAUUAUAAAUGUGGAAUAAUAAUUCAUCCCUAUGCUGUUCAUUUGGGGGCAAGUCCUGAUGGGGUCAUCUUCAAAGCUGAUUUGAAUGAAUAUGGACUUUUAGAAAUUAAGUGUCCAACAACGCGAAAUGCUACAACUUUAAUGGACUAUAUCAACUUGCCUAGUUUUUGCCUGGACAGCAAUUAUCAUUUGAAAAGAACUCACCACUACUUUCAUCAAGUACAGGGCCAGUUGUUGUUAAGUGGUUUGAAAUGGUGCGAUUUUGUGGUGUUUCUCAAAAGUUGUGAUGAAACGAAAAUCGUAACUGUUCCUUUUGAUGCCAAAUAUUGUCAAAAUAUGCAUGAAACUCUAUUCAAUAUUUACUGUCAACAUGCCUUACCUUUUUUACCCCUACAAGAAACCAGUAAUAAUUAAGAGCAAUGUUGUGAUAAAGCAUAUUUUCAUAUUUAGGAAAAAGUGUAAAUACUCUGUCUUUGAAAGCUCCUUACAAAAUCUUAGCACAUAUUCCCGAGGGCAAGAUAAAUCGAU